ACAGACCUUGAUUCAAGUCUGAGAGAGGAAGUGAGUGUACAAGGGGCAAAUUAUUGGGCAUUGCUUGAUACUGGUGCCGCUCAGACAUUACUGAGGCCAGAUUUAAUAAAAUCUGAGGUAAUAUUACCUCAGGAAACUGUGACUAUCCAAGGAGUGAGGGGUCAACCAGAAAGUUUGCCUGUGGCCCUGGUGGAAAUGACUGGUAGAGGCCGAGAGGGCCGAUAUAAAGUAGGCAUUAAUGCCCAGCAACAAGAACCAGUAAUGGGCGGAAAAAUGGCAAAUGCAAUUCAAUAUAAACAAAUGUAAAAUUAUGCAUAUUGGAGCAAAAAAUCUUAAUUUCACAUAUACGCUCAUGGGGUCUGAACUGGCGGUGACCGACCAGGAGAGAGACCUCGGGGUUGUAGUGGACAGCACGAUAAAAAUGUCGACCCAGUGUGCGGCAGCUGUGAAAAAGGCAAAUUCCAUGCUAGCAACAAUUAGGAAAGGUAUUGAAAAUAAAACAGCCGAUAUUAUAAUGCCGUUGUAUAAAUCUAUGGUGCGGCCGCAUUUGGAAUACUGUGUACAGUUCUGGUUGCCUCAUCUCAAAAAGGAUAUUAUAGAGUUGGAAAAGGUUCAGAAGAGGGCAACCAGAAUGAUCAAGGGGAUGGAGCGACUCCCUUACGAGGAAAGGUUGCAGCAUUUGGGGCUUUUUAGUUUAGAGAAAAGGCGGGUCAGAGGAGACAUGAUAGAAGUGUAUAAAAUUAUGCAUGGCAUUGAGAAAGUGGAUAGAGAAAAGUUCUCCUUCCUCUCUCAUAAUACUAGAACUCGUGGACAUUCAAAGAAGCUGAAUGUUGGAAGAUUCAGGACAGACAAAAGGAAGUACUUCUUUACUCAGCGCAUAGUUAAACUAUGGAAUUUGCUCCCACAAGAUGCAGUAAUGGCCACCAGCUUGGAUGGCUUUAAAAGAAGAUUAGACAAAUUCAUGGAGGACAGGGCUAUCAAUGGCUACUAGCCAUGAUGGCUGUGCUGUGCCACCCUAGUCAGAGGCAGCAUGCUUCUGAAAACCAGUUGCCGGAAGCCUCAGGAGGGAAGAGUGUUCUUGCACUCGGGUCCUGCUUGCGGGCUUCCCCCAGGCACCUGGUUGGCCACUGUGAGAACAGGAUGCUGGACUAGAUGGGCCACUGGCCUGAUCCAGCAGGCUCUUCUUAUGUUCUUAAUACUGGGAAGAGAUGUAAUGGGCGCCCAAGGAAAGAUCUAUGUAGUGACCAGACAGCAGAUUGGCAGAGAAAAAGAAGCCAUAUUAAGGGGGGCUGAAACAAACAGGGUGGAAUCUGUUAACCAGCCUCAGGUCACCAUAGCAACCACUAGCAGGCCUGCUGAAGGAGACAAACUGUAUCAAGUGGUCUCUGAUAAUGAUGAGGCAGAUCAGUUCAGGGAAGAGCUGCAAAAAGAUAUAAGUUUGAAGCAGAUAAAGGAACAAGCUCUGACCCAACAGAUUCCUUUCACUGACAAACUGAGGAAUCAAGUUGUGUGUGAGAAUGGGAUUUUAUAUAGACUGUGGAUGCCUGCUGAGAGAAAGGAUGAAUGUGAACCAGUGAAGCAAUUGAUAGUACCUAGCAAAUACAGAACCAGAUUGCUAGAGGUAGCCCACGAUGUCCCAUGUGCAGGACAUCUGGGAAUAAAAAAGACCAAGAGGAGAUUGGCAGCACACUAUUAUUGGCCAAACAUCUCCAAAGAUGUAAAACAACAUUGUCUAUCUUGUGGAAUAUGCCAAAAGGUGGGAAAAAGUGGAGUAAAGACUAAGGCACCCUUAAAGCCCCUUCCUAUAAUUGGACAACCCUUUUAUAGAGUGGGGAUAGAUUUGGUGGGCCCUUUUUCCAAAUCCACAAGGCAUGGCAAGAAAUAUCUAUUGGUGGUGGUGGAUUUUGCCACCAGGUACCCAGACGCAGAAGCACUAAGAUCCGUGGAAGCCCCUGUAGUGGCAGAGGCUUUAUUAAAAAUCUUUAUGAGGCUGGGUUUCCCUCAUGAAGUGCUGACGGAUCAAGGCAGUGUAUUCAUGGGAGAAGUGAUGCAAUGUAUGUGGAAAUGUUGUGGUCUAAAACAUCUAAAGACCACUACUUACCAUCCCGCCACUAAUGGGUUAACAGAGAGAUUCAAUGGCGUUUUGAAGGGCAUGAUCAGAAGCUAUGUUCAAGAUCACCCACAAGACUGGGAUGAACGGUUGGGAUGCUUCUUGUUUGCAUACAGAGAAGUCCCUCAGGAGUCAACAGGCUUCUCACCCUUUGAACUCAUGUUCACUAGAAAAGUGAGGGGACCUUUGGAACUAUUAAAAAAUUCAUGGGAAGGAACCCUGGGAGAGUACAAAACAUCUGUAGUAGAUUUUGUAUUGGAAUUCCGCAAUAAAUUAACAUCAGUGAUGGAGGUGGUGAAAAAGAAUUUGGGUCAAGCACAGCAGAAGCAAAGUUACUGGUAUGACAGAACAGCCAGGGAACGUGUGUAUGAUGUGGGAGAUAUGGUUAUGGCGUUCAUACCCAGGAAACAUGACAAAUUACAGGCUAACUGGGAAGGACCAUAUACCAUCAGAGAAAGGCUUGACACAGUGACGUAUGUAAUCACCACAGACCAAUUAAACAAAAGCAAAGUGGUUCAUGUAAAUAUGUUGAAGCCUUACCAUACCAGGGAUGCACAGGUGUUGCAAGUUACCUUAUUCCCUGAGGGAAGUGGGCCUGAACUUCCAGAUUUGGUACAGGAAAGCAAAGACAAAGGAGGGGUAGAUCAAGUGGAAUGGUCAGAGGAGGUGAAGGAGGAAGUAAAAGAAGAGAUUCUGAGAGUUUUGAAAACCUAUAGGAAUCUCUUUAGCAACAAACCUGGCCGAACCAGUAUAGUUAUACAUUCCAUUGAUACUGGAGAUCAUGCCCCAAUCAGAUCUGUUCCGUACCGUGUGAAUGGGAAAGUUUUGAAUGAGAUCAAAAAGGAGGUGGAAGAUAUGCUAGAAUUAGGAGUGAUAAGGGAAUCCAUCAGUCCCUGGGCCUCAAGUAUUGUCCUGGUUCCGAAAAAAGAUGGAACGACAAGGUUUUGCAUUGAUUAUCGGCUAAUCAAUAAAAUUACUGUCCCAGAUGCGUAUCCUAUGCCUAGGGUAGACGCAGUGUUAGAGUUAUUGGGGGCAGCAACCAUUAUCUCUACACUAGAUCUCUGUAAAGGAUUUUGGCAAAUGGAACUAGACGAGCAAUCCAGAGCCAAAACUGCCUUCAGUACACCAGAUGGGUUAUAUGAGUUUGUGACCUUACCCAUGGGACUAAGGAACUCACCAAGUUCAUUUCAGAGGCUAAUCGAUACUGUGUUGCGAGGCAUGUCAGAUUUUGCAGUGGCCUAUAUCGAUGACGUGGCCAUUUUUAGCAAGUCGGUGCCUGAGCAUGUCCAACACCUGACAACAGUAUUGGAGGCCUUAAGGAAAGCAGGCCUCACAAUAAAAGCUAAGAAAUGCCAGUUUGGACUAAAGGAAGUAAUCUAUUUAGGACAUAAGGUGGGGAGUGGGAAAAUCACCCCCUUAUGGAGCAAGGUGGAGGCAAUACAAGUGUGGCCGAUCCCCUUAACCAACAAACAAGUAAGGGCAUUUCUGGGUGUGGCUGGAUUUUAUAGGAAGUUUGUGAGAAAUUUUGGGGAAAUAGCAACUGUGAUGCGUCCUUCCCUGGCUCUCCCUGUCAGGUUCCUACCUGCUCGUGGUUACUGCCUGUCUCUAGGCACCACCAGGGACUCCACCAGUCCGGACCGCACUCUCUUAUGGUUUACCUAUCCGCUCUAGCACAG